CGCAUGGGGGAGGGUGGAGCAGGAAAAACUGUGGUUUCUGCAGUUUCUGACGUGUGCAGAAGUUUGCUAAGAGAAUGGCGAUCGUUGAAAGGUUUUCUUUAAAAAAUAUUUGUGGUACUAAAAGGUUCGGCACCACCAUGCUGUGGUUCAAUGGUAUUGUCGCUGUUGGAUGCAUAUACUUUUUGUUUUGGCGGUGGAAAGGAGCAAUUAAACGAAUGUGGAUGAAAAUAAAGGAUAGGAAUUCUUUCAAAAUACAAACACCAGUUGGAUUGAUUAAUCAAGGAGCCACUUGUUAUUUGAACACACUGCUUCAAAUAUUAUACAUGACCCCAGAAUUUAAAAAUACCAUUUGCAAUUUAGAAACGGAUAACCAGAUUAUAUGUCAGUUAAAAAUCAUGUUUGAGAAAUUGCAAAAGAGCAAAAAGGCUGUAGAAACACACAAACUGACCACAAGCUUACAACUGGAUGUAUUAAGACAACAAGAUAUAGCAGAUUUUUUCCUAUUUCUGAUGCAUGAAGUGAACACUUAUAUGGAUCAGGAUCAAACUAUUUUGAAGUUUUAUCAGAUCACAAUUGGUCAUGAAAUGAAAUGUCAAGAAUGCAAUGCUAAUUAUAAGAAGGAAUAUCCGUGGCUGACUAUCCCUUUACCCAUUUGUUCAUCUUCUAAUAAAUUUAAACACUUGGAAAUUGCUUUAGAUGAGUUUCUGAAAUGGGACAUUCUGAAUGGUGACAAUCAAUGUUAUUGUGACAUUUGUAAAGAAGUGACUGAUACAUCCUCAAGAUACCAUAUCAAAGAGCUGCCCCAAAUUCUCACAGUGCAGCUACUAAGAUUUCACUUUGACACAACAAACAGAUGUUAUCAAAAGUUUGAUGACUGUAUUGAGAUCCCACUGACACUGAUGUUUGAGGAAUCGAGGGACAAUCCCAAUGAAUGGUGUCUAAGUUCAAGAAUCAAUAAGGAAAGCCCAGAUGAGUCAUUUUCCACCCUAUUAGGAACAGUCCAACAUCCCCAUCAAGAAUCAAAAGUAGAAGCAGCUGCUAAAGAAAAGCUGAAGUCGACAAAGGAGUUUGAACUAUUUGCAGCAUGCUAUCACGAAGGAGUGUAUGGAUAUGGUCACUAUCAUGCUGAUAUUAAAUCAACUGCUGAUGUCUGGUACAGUUUUAAUGAUCAAACUGUUGCUAAGCUGAGCAAUGUGCACCCAAACAGAUUCAACAAGUCCUACCUGAUAAUGUACAGAAGGAAGAAUGCAAACAAGUCAGGAUAUUCUUAAAUCACGGUGGAUUAUAAGGUGUUAUGCAAGUUAUCAUGCAUGCAAGCUGUCAAGCAAAGAAAAGCAAAUGUUUGACCCAGAUCCAUAGCAUCCACUGAUUAGAUUAUACUGCUUUGUUAACCUCCCUUAAGAAAUGGUUUAUUGCUCAUACAAACAUAGCUAUACUAAUGUAUGUACAUGGUGUUGAAUAUUAAUGUACUUUGGUAUUAAAUAUUUUUUAAAGAGAUUA